ACUGCGUGCGUCAAAUGCAGAAACGACGGCGCGUAAUUGCGCUCAUACGCACACGCAGCCGAGUCCUGCCACGCACACUUGAGUGGCACACCGGGCAGAGUGCGGUCCGCCGAUCACCUCCCUCCUUUUCUAUCUCCAGCAGGCGGAUUGCCUGAGCCUCCUGACAGUGUUGUGUGUGGAGCUGAGGAGAGAGAGAGAGGGAGAGACUGCAUCAAGGAGCAGGAGCAGGAGCAGUGCGUCUUCAUCGGCAGCGGCGCGUGGGAGUUGUUCUCUCUCCACCUGCCAUUCGCAUCUCGUUUUUUCCCCCCCCUUUAUAUCUGUUACGAUCACCAUCAUCGGACGAGUCCGGACGCGCAGGGAGGGAGUCCCGUUACCGAGGGAGCAUCGCACCGCUUCUGUGCGCGCGCGCGCCUGUGUUUAUGUCUCGAUGAGUGUUUGUCUGUUUUAACUCCAGCUUUCGUCGUAAAACCGGGCUGCUGUCGUUUUUGGAGGAACUCGUUGGAAAUCCGCAAGAAGCCGUGCGCUCUUCCCAGUUUCCCUCUCUCUUUCUUCCUCUCUGUGUUUUUUUGAGAGCUGCCUUUCAAGGCGGUGGACUUGAGAGAGUGCGUCUCAAUUUGUGUCUUGGUGGCUGGGAGUUGCCGUCGGGGAGAAAUGCGAGAGGAUGCUUGGAAACAGUGAAGGCGACCGCAGGUAACCGAUAAGAUGGUGGCCAGAGAAGCAACUGGGCACAGCUACCUGGUGGCCUGCUGGCAGCCCAUUCUGAUCCUGAUGCUGGGCACUGUGCUUUCUGGCUCCACCACAGGUUGUCCAUCCCGCUGUGAGUGUAAUGUUCAAGAGCGCUCUGUGAUGUGCUACCGCAAGAAACUCAUGACAGUUCCUGAGGGCAUUCCUGCAGACACAAGAGUGCUCGAUCUCAGCAAGAACCGCAUUAGAACCAUCAACCCAGACGAGUUUGCCAACUUUCUCAACCUUGAACACCUGGAGCUCAGUGAAAACACGAUUUCCACUAUUGAACCUGGAGCGUUCAACAAUCUGUACGGCUUGCGGACCUUGGGGCUGCGUAGCAACAAACUUAAGUUAAUCCAGCUCGGUGUCUUCACAGGCCUAAGUAAUCUCACACAGCUGGACAUAAGUGAAAACAAAAUUGUCAUUCUGUUGGACUAUAUGUUCCAGGACCUGUACAACCUCCGAUCUUUAGAGGUGGGUGAUAAUGACCUGGUUUUCAUCUCCCACCGGGCUUUUCAUGGACUAAGUAGCCUUGAGCACCUGAGUCUAGAGAAGUGCAACUUGUCCUCUGUGCCGACAGAGGCUUUUACCCACCUCCACAGUUUGAUCACUCUCAGGCUGCGCAACCUCAAUAUCAAUGUGAUACGGGAUUACUCCUUUAAACGUCUUUAUAGGCUGAAAGUGCUGGAAAUAGCAAAUUGGCCAUUUUUGGAUACGAUGACCCCAAAUUGCUUGUAUGGAUUGAAUCUGACCUCUCUGACCAUUGCAAAUGCCAACCUGACCACGAUUCCAUACGUAGCCCUGCGGCAUCUGGUUUACUUGCGCUUUCUUAAUCUUUCCUAUAACCCCAUCCAUACCAUUGAGGGGAAUAAGCUCCACGAUCUUCUGCGUCUGCAGGAAUUUCAUUUGGUGGGAGGCAGACUGGCUAUGAUUGAGCCCUACUCUUUCCGUGGCCUAAACUACCUGAAGAUUUUAAAUGUCUCUGGGAACUCUCUGAACACUUUGGAGGAGUCAGCGUUCCAUUCAGUUGGCAACCUGGAAACCCUUGCCUUGUAUGAUAAUCCCCUGGCCUGUGAUUGCAGACUGUUAUGGGUAUUUAGACGACGCUGGCGACUGAACUUUAACAGGCAGCAGCCCACCUGUGCCUCCCCAGAGUUUGUCCAAGGUAAAGAAUUCAAAGACUUCCCAGAUGUUCUGCAGCCUAACUACUUCACAUGUCGCAAAUCUAGGAUUAGGGAUCGCAAACCCCAGCAGAAGUUUGUGGAUGAGGGAGCCAUUGUUCACUUCGCUUGCCAAGCAGAUGGAGACCCCGCCCCAGUGAUCAUGUGGCUGUCCCCACAGAAAAAGUUCAUCACCACCAAGACGAUUGGAAGGCUCUCUGUGUUGCCAGACGGUACCCUUGAGGUCCGCUAUGCUCAGAUUCAAGACAAUGGUACAUAUGUGUGUAUAGCCAGCAAUGCAGGUGGGAAUGACACGUCUCUUGCUCACUUGCACAUUCACAGCUACUCACCAGACUGGCCACACCAGCCCAACAAGACAUUUGCCUUCAUCUCCAACCAGCCAGCAGAAACAGGUACAAACGACACAAGAGCCAACGUCCCUUUUCCAUUCGACAUAAAGACAUUGAUCAUUGCGACCACAAUGGGCUUCAUCUCCUUUCUCGGCGUCGUCUUGUUUUGCCUGGUGCUGCUCUUUCUGUGGAGCAGAGGAAAAGGCAACACUAAGCACAACAUUGAGAUUGAGUAUGUGCCACGGAAAUCGGACGCUGGCAUGAGCAGCAGCACAGUGGAAGCACCGCGCAAGUUUAACAUGAAAAUGAUAUAAUGUGGAGCCGGGGGGAUUUACUCAUUUUCAACUUAAAAAUAAGACAAAAUGGAAAGGAGGACAUUUUAUUUCCACUCUUGAAAAACCUGUGGAUCCUGGUCUGUUGUUUGUCCUGACUGGGAUAAGGAUUAGAGAGAAGGGCAGUUCCUGACUUUUCACAGGUGAGAGGGAAUGGAAGCUCACCCAGUGCGAUGGGACACUGGUGGAUUCUACAUGGCUGAUGGGGGCAUUAAUUAAAAGUCAAAUUUGUCAUAAGCACUUCAUAUUCCUGUGUGUUUGUACUGGGGGAAAACAAUAACAAGUAAGAAAACACUUAAAAUAACCACAACACAAGGGGAAUAUCAUAUUUUGGCCAUUACUGUAUUUUGUCAGGUUUUUUAAUUUGUUUUUUUUUCCCCACAGUUAUUUGUCAAGUCAUGAAUGAGAUGUGUAUGGGUUGAUGAGCACAUUUACACAACUUGGAUGCAUUUAACUCAUCAUUGUGAUACAUUAUGUUUACAACUGUGAAUGCAAUGUGCUACACUGUCUUUUUCUUUCUUACUGAUUGUGUGUCACAAUACCUUAUGCACUCAGUGGGAAUUGUAUCCCCCCCCCUCACACACACACACACACACACACACACACAUAAUCAAGCAGAAUACACAAUGCAGAUACUUAAUUUGGCACAAUGGUAAAUGUGAGAAAUCCAUAACUGUUGGUGAGAUGUAAAACUUCAUUUGAAUGUCACAACUGCUUUGUAACUAUUUUGUUGCCUCAAACAAAUACAACUAUGAGCUCAUGUCCCACCAGAUUUAUUUAAUAUAUAUCUGGAUAUUUUUGAAUACUUAGAUUUGAUGUUGAUUUCUUUUGAUUUUAUAGGUCAUACCUGAAAAUGUCACUCAACCCUAUAAUGACCUGAUACGAGUGCAUUAGUUACACAUGCACACGAUCCUCUGGUGUGCAUCAGUGCCAGAAUAAACAUAAGCUGCAGCUCAGUGGUGUGUUGUUAAAGUGGUUUGUGGGGCAUCAGUCAAUUUUUCAAACAUGGAAAUAAAAUUAAAUGACUUAAUCAUACUUGACAUCGUUUAAUAAAUAUAUGCACAGUUGCAUAACGUUUUCCAAGAUACUGUGAGUAGGAGAGCAUUGUCAGUCUUGUGGUAGUGUGGCCACAUUUUUCACCAACCCUGUCACCACUUGUAGUCAGUGAAUCACUGAAAUCAAUUUGAUAUAUCCAGGUCAAGAUGCAGAAGACAGUCUUGUCCUCCUUCAGAAUUGUGUCAAAAGUGUGUCUGACUCUCAGUGGAAGAGGCAGGUGAUCUUUGAGUGAUUUAGCUCUAGAGAAAUGGCAGCAAUGUGGUAGCUUAUGCAGGAGUGAGGGUAUAAGUAUAAGUGAAGCUACAAAAACUAAUUUAGUUAGAUUUUCAUUUGUGCCCUGACAUCAUCAAAAAAUGACGCACAGAAAUAAAUCCUUGACACAAAUUCUCCGUAUCGCGUUGUGUAAACACUAUGUAAGUAUAACUAUAUUAUUAGAAGUGUGACAAGAUUUAGUUCCGAAAAAUAGAAGGGAAUCAGUUCAAUUAGAACUAGUUAUUUUCACACACACUAAUUAGUGAUAGUGAAUCUGACCCUCUGCAUUUGACCCAUCCGAGCCCAACCCCUUUCCUCAUGGCCCUGGGCUGUCAUGUGUCCGAGCCCAAUGUCUAAUAACGGUGUCCUCUAGUUGUAGAUGCAACCCAGACAGUACGCACACACACACAAAGAUUGAGGGCAUGACGCAGACAGAAAUGUGAGACGUUGUAGAUAUGAGGCUCUGUAAGAAGAAAAGAAGCAGCGCUUGUUCUACGGUUCAGCCAAUCGGACUGUGCCGUGGGCAUUUUAACCUUCAAAUCAUGUCCCCAAGAUUAUUUUGAUCACACGUCAAAUUACAACGCUGCGAAUGUUACCUCUGUCAAAGCCUGCGCAGGUCUGCAGCGUCUGCAUUGGCACAACGUCAGCUGCAAAUGUGCAUACAGAGCCACAGAGAGCAAAUCCUAUAUUGUGUUACAUUAAUACAAUAAAGGCUCAUCCACAAUCUUUUAAAUUGCAUUUAAAAAAACAACAAAACUGUUAUGUAACGGUGUUAUUUUGUGCUGAAAAUGAUUAUGAGAAAUACAAGUUGUGGUGCUCCAAUUUUUUUUUUUUU